UUAUUGCUAGAAAUGUACAUGACUGGUCUUCACUAUUAAUCCCAGCUGAUGGUAGGGAGGGGCUCUUCUGGGAGGCAGCCAUGUGGUGAACAUUGAGCACAGUGUUUUCCCCUGCUUCUCUCCUUUUCAGACAAGCAAAAUUGUUCUAUGCUGCCGUAGAUGCGAACUCCUUGCUGCGCUGCCUCUGUCUCUUCUUUUCCAGAAACUCCAGGGCCUGAAUUACCAGCCGCAGAGAUAUAAAAGCUCUCACUGAAUCUGGAUGGAAUAUGGACAAGGAGAUGAAUAGCAGAAGGGAAGAAAGAGUGAAGUUGGUUAUUUUUCUGGCACAUGGAUGCAAUUACGCUCAGUGCAUUCCAGAGGCGUUCCUUUGAAUCCUGUGCAGGUCUGCCUGCCGUUCCUGGGAGAAAGGAAGAAAAAGGGAGGAAAAGUCCCUCUUGCUUGGAGACGGAAUGUCUGCACUUUCAAUCCUCUUUUUAGCUUCCUGUUCGAUUUGGCUGUCUGAGGCUCAGACUGAAUUUAAGAGAGUGGCUGAAGAAAACGUGACUUUGCCCUGUCACCACCGCCUGGGCCUCCUGGAGCAAGGAAGCCUGGAUAUUGAGUGGCUGCUGCACAUCUCGGAAACGGUACAAAAAGCGGUGAUCACUUACUCCGGAGGCCGUGUUUACGAUGACCUGAAUGAGGAACAGAAAGGGCGUGUUUCCUUCACCUCCAACUUCCUUGCUGGAGAUGCGUCCUUACAAAUCAUAUCCCUGCAGUCCAGCGAUGCGGGGAAGUACAUAUGUAAGGUUAAAAACGCUGGGCAGUACGAAUGGGCCCGCAUCACCCUGAAGGUUGUAGAAAAACCUUCCAAGCCCAAAUGCUGGCUGGAAGGGGAGCUGCUGGAAGGAAAGGAAGUGUCGCUGCAGUGCCGAUCCGCCUCUGGCACAGCACCCAUCUCCUACCGAUGGCAGCGCAUAAACGAGGAAGACGAGAGAGCCGAACAUCUCCCGCCUACAUCCAGAGUCAACAUUUCUAAUCCGGGGCAAGUCCUCCUGAAGAACCUGACGCACAUGAGCACGGGGUUGUACCAAUGCAUUGCCACCAACGAGGCUGGACAGGAAAGCUGCCUUGUUCAGGUGACGGUGCAGCAUGCACAAAACGUUGGCAUGAUCGCUGGAGCGGUUUGUGGCGUGGUGCUGGGACUUUCCCUCCUUUUCCUGGUGGUGAGGCUGACAAUAAGGAGGAAAGAAAAGAAGAGAUACGAGGAAGAGGAGGCACCAAAUGAAAUUAGAGAAGAUGCGGAGGCACCCAAGGCCCAUCUCGUCAAGCCAAGUUCCUCUUCCUCCGGCUCCAGGAGCUCGCGCUCGGGUUCCUCCUCGACCAGGUCGACAGCCAACAGUGCCUCUCGCAGCCAACGGACUUUGUCAACGGAAGCUACUCCCCAUCUGACUCCUCCCCAGUACGGCCAGAGGGAGACGGAAGGGAAAGAAAUCGAGCCAAAGAAAGUUGACUACAAUAACCUGAUGAAAAUGGGAGCGACGCUGGUCAUGGUGCCUGCCCAAAGCCGCGCGUUCCAGACCGUGUGACUGCUCACCAACCCUCUGGAGACUCCUGCUGUCCAGAAACACUUCACAUACCACCAGUCACAUAGGAAUUGUUAGAUUAGUUAUCUUACUGGUCAGCUUAAUUUUAAUCACUUGUGAUUAUUCACCCCACAAGAAGCCCUCCCACUCAACUCUUUCUUACAUCUUCCAGCACUGAGGUUCUGAUACAGAAUUACUUUUUUUUUUUUUUUCAAGAAAGAUACAUUUGAGGGACAAGGGAGCCUUCUUUUUAAAUUCUCUUUUUUUGGAAAUGGAACACUGCGCAUUUUAAAACUACAACAGCUGGGCGCUGUGCAAAUGAAAUGAAGCCAAACCUCAGGAUUUUUUAAAAGGGAACAAUGGAGACAUAAAGAUGCAUAAUAUUCCAGAGAGGUUUUGUGGGGAGGGAAAAGUCUCUUGUACUGGUUUUGGAGAACUUUCUCAAAGAUGCGUUGUCUUACCUGAAGAUUUUGAGGCAGACUCUCUGCUGAGGGUUCUCUGGUGAUCAGCCUCAAAGGGGACAGAGGUUUUCUGCCUUCAGUCUUUUAGUGAAACACUUCUGGAGGCUGUAACUAAAGGGGAAAUGAGAGGAUCCCUUUAAAAGGCAUGUGUCUGAACUCACCUCUCUGCUAAAGAGAAAGGACCCUUUAUGUCAAGGAAACAGGUGCUUUAAUUGCCAGAAUAAACGUAAGGAUGCGCCCGGAGAGAUACGGCCUGGAGCCUGACUCUGCUUUUACGGCCAGCACUGCAAAGCCACAGCGACUCCGCUGGAGUGGUGGGAUCUGUGGCAAAUGAGCCUUAGUGUGAUGAGGAUUGGGCACUGAAUCCAAAAGGAAGGCUCUACCUCCAAAAGCGAGGGCCACCAGUCUGCCAAAAAGCCUGGACGAAGCGUUUGGAAGGUAUUUUUGCUCUCGCCAGGUUGUGAAUUCACCGUUUUUGGGGUGAGCCGUGCUGUAGGAGCCUUAUGGAGAGCUCUUCCCAAGACUGAACAAACAGCAUUCUUGAGCCUGACCUUCAGGCAUCCAGGUAAGACUGAAGGACAGUGACAGAGCACGUAGUGAGGAAAAUACACCAGGAGCAGGUAAACAAGCACAAUGCUGCUUCCAUUAGAAAACAGUUGUGUGCAAUGUCCCACUUCUACACCAAACCACAUGCUAUUGUUGAGGCUUAAACCUUAGCACAACUCUUAAAAAGUAGCAAGAAUCAUAAAAAAUCUUUUCUGGGAUUAGAUUAGCCAGAAUAAACAUUUUCAAGGAAUAGAAAGUCUUACACGUCAAGUUGAAGGCUAAUAGGAAACGAUGGGAGAUAGGGACAGGCUUCCUCUGGAGGCAGAUCUGUCAUUUAUAUUUUCCUCUGAAGGACUUGGCUCCGAGCACUUGUAGGUUCUAGAUUCCUGUAUUCCUGGACUGAUGAUUUUCUAUUUUAAAAAAUUGGGGUUUUUUUUCCAUUUGAGGGAGGGAAGGUUUUCUCCAAUUUGUGGAAUGAGUUUGCCAGCGACGGAUCAGCACAGAAGAACCACAACUCUAUAAUUCUUUCACUCCAGGGACUGUUAUUAACCUCCUUUUCUGACUGAGAUGCGGAAUUUUAGCUUCUUUGCUUGAGAUCUUAGACAUUCUGACCAAAGUCAAGCCCAGCUCAGGCUACUUCCUUCUGAUAAAUAGUUUUCAAACCUGCUCUAUAUGACCUGAGAACUUUUUUCCUCGGAGCAGUCACCCAUUUACAUCGCACGUACUAAAAUUUCACUUGCUCUCUGUAUCCCAGAGUCAACCUUUGUCCUUGGCUGGACAAAGUCCGGAUCCAUUGUGCAGGGAAGGUGGUCUGGAGUCACACAUUUGAAGAGAGGAGAUAUCGGGUGUUGGGCAUUUGAUAAAUUCUAUUUUGUGACAGCUCCUGGUGUUGGAUAGUGUGGGACUGUACCUGUUUUCCCUGGCUGCUCCAGCGGCAGGUUCCUGGACCAGCCGUGUUUUGGUGGAUUUGGUAGUGGCUGUCACUGCUGGGAAGCAGCAGCAGCUCUAAGUGGGAUUGCUCCACAGCUGCUCUUUCCCUGGACCCUGAAGGUUUUAGGCUCUCCAGAACUGGGAAGUCCCAAAGAGCACGAGCAGGGCUGCUCAAGUAGUUUGUGGCUCCUUCCACGGUUGCUUAUUGUGCUUAACGUUACCUGGGUUGCAUCUGAGGAAUCUUACUCUAUGCAUAUAAAACCAGGAAUGCUUUUUUUCAGUAAAGAACACAUGCCUGAGCAACCAAAAGCUUAUUACCCCCAAAUAAGGGUAACAGUUCUAACAGUUGAGCUGUACAGCCCGGGUAGCAAAUGCUGCAGGUUAGAUUUGAGUCACAGGCCAGAGCUGCAAUUAAUUAGCAAAGAGGAGGAUGCUCCGUCCACAGCCCGGGGGCCACUUGCCGCCAGCUGGGAGAAUUUGCCCAGAGAAGUCACACAAGUUGUCAGUCUGAUGGCAUGGGAUGAGAGGUUUAGGAACCUCGGGGAGGAGAAGUCAGUCUGCUUUAUUCCAGCCAUCUCACAGGUGAACACAAAGUCGAUUUUGCACUUCGGUUGUCAGUGUGAAGCCCAAAGGGAAACGUUUAUUACUCAAGGGAAAUACAAGAGAUCAUUUCAAAGGUAUUUUAUUUUCCAAGGGACAUUUUCUGAGCUCCGGAUGAGACCAUCAGGAGUUGCACAAGGGAAGCAAAUGAACCAUAAGCCAAACUCUAUUUUGUAAAAUAGUGUACUUAAAGCAUUUACUGUCAUAUACCAGUUAUUACUAGUGUGAUUAAAUGCAUACAAUGUUACGUAGCUUUCUUUUGUUUCUCAGCAGCUAAACUACGCUUACAUCUCUUCUACCUGCUAUAAUUGGUGCACUUGUACUGUGUCUGAACAACUCAGAGGAAAGCAAAUAUUUAUUAUUGAUUCCUUUGAAUCAAUGAUUUCAUAAUAUUAUUUUUUUUUGGUUGGUUGUUUUAUAAAUAAAUGCUGCAGCUGAAGCGCUACAGCUCAA